GCGCGCAGGGGAGGAGAGAGAGAGAGAGAGAAAGAAAGAGAGACGGAGCUGAGGAGAGUGAGAGACAGGCAGACUAUAGUACAGUGUCUUCACAGCGCUCAGAGGAUACGCAUCCAAAGCAGGACUAACCUCUACUCACCAGCACUGAGGUACUGUGUGGCUUGCCGGCUGUGGGAAGGACUAUGAGGGUGCACUGCAAAACUUUGUAACUUCAGCAGAUAGGAUCAUUAUCAGUUGUGAGACAUCCUAAGAGCAGGAAAGAUGAGGACUUGGAUUGUGGUUCUUCUGUGGGCGUGCAUGCGCCUGAGCGUGGAUGCAAUUGCCCUUUCGAGAGGACCGGUCCGAAGAAAAACCAAAGAGAUUGAAGCGGGGAAACACAGAAACACGGAGACGCUCAGACGUUCGAAAAGAGGCUGGAUGUGGAGACAGUUUUUUCUCCAGGAGGAAUACACAGGAUCGGAGUAUCAAUACAUUGGCAAGCUUCACUCAGAUAUGGAUAAAGGAGACGGUACGGUGGCGUACAUUUUAAGGGGUGAAGGUGCGGGGUCGAUCUUUGUGAUAGAUGCCAGCUCAGGAGAUCUGCAUGCGACCAGGCGCCUGGAUAGAGAGGAGAAACCUUACUACACUCUCCAAGCUCAGGCUGUCAACAAGAAGAACGGCAUCCCUCUGGAGCCAGAGACAGAGUUUAUUGUAAAACUACACGACAUCAAUGACAAUGAGCCAAAGUUUGACAAGGAGGUUUAUACCGCAUCCGUACCUGAGAGGUCACACAUUGGCACGUAUGUCACUCAAGUAACCGCCCAGGAUGCAGAUGAUGAAAUGUUUGGCUACAGCGCAAAGUUGACCUACAGCAUCAGCCAGGGUCACCCAUACUUCUCAGUAGAGCCAAAUACAGGCAUAAUCCGGACAGCUUUGGGGAUGUCUGACAUGGACAGAGAGCAGAGGGAACACUACCAGGUGGUGAUCGAAGCCAAGGACAUGGCCGGCCAGAAAGGGGGCUUAACAGGCACCACCACAGUCAACAUUAGCUUAACCGAUGUCAAUGAUAGCCCCCCUCGUUUCACACGAAGUAUAUAUCAGUUCAGCGUUCCGGAGCUUACUGAAUUAGGAAAGCCAGUUGGCAGAAUCCAGGCUGAGGAUGCCGACAUUGGCAGAAAUGCGGAGAUGGACUACACGGUCAUUGGUGGAGAUGGCCUGGACGUGUUUGAUAUCAUCACUGACAUGAAGACCCAAGAGGGCAUACUUACACUAAAGAAGCCUAUUGACUAUGAGAAAAAGAAAUCGUACAUGCUUCAGAUCCAGGUGGAAAACACACAUCCAGACCCCCGUUUUCUGAGUCAAGAUGCAAAAGACAUGGCUACAGUCAGGGUCAGUGUUGAAGAUGUGGAUGAGCCUCCUCAAUUCGAAAAAUCUAGUUACACUUUGAAGGUCAAGGAGGACACACCUGUGGGCACCGUCAUAGGGUCUGUCAGUGCCGUGGAUCCAGACAUACAGCGCAGCCCGGUCAAGUAUACCAUUGAUCGACACACCGAUGUGGACUGGAUUUUUGGCAUCUUUGCUGGGAAUGGAUCUAUAUUCCUGAAAAAGCCACUAGACAGAGAGGAAUUUUCUUGGCACAACAUUUCUGUGAUUGCAUCUGAGUUCAAUAACCCUCAGCACAGCAGCCGGGUACCAGUGUACAUUCGCAUACUGGACGUCAACGAUAACCCCCCCAAGCUUGCGUCCUUCUACGAGACCUUCGUCUGUGAAAACGCCAAAGUCGGUCAGAAAAUCCAAACAAUAAGCGCGGUGGAUCCAGACGACCCGGCGGGUGGACAUCGGUUCUUUUUCAACUUAGCGCCGGAGAGCUCUGUGCGAGCAAACUUCUCAGUGCGAGAUAAUGGAGAUAACACAGCUGGGAUCUUCACACGACGGACCGGAUUUGGCAGAAUGCACAAAAGCGCCCAUCUAGUGAGCGUCGUGAUUUCAGACGGGGAGCUCCCCAUACAGAGCAGCACCGGCACGCUCACGAUUCGGGUGUGCUCGUGCGAUCGAGACGGCAAUAUGGAAAUGUGUAACGCAGAGGCUUUGACCAGCUCGGCGGGACUCAGCACAGGGGCGUUGGUGGCCAUCCUGCUCUGCGUCCUCAUACUGCUGUUGAUUGUGGUGCUGUUUGCUGCCCUGAAGCGUCAGAAGAAGAAGGAGCCGCUGAUCAUCUCCAAGGAGGACGUGAGAGACAACGUUGUCAGCUACAACGACGAAGGCGGCGGAGAGGAAGACACGCAGGCUUUCGACAUCGGAGCGCUUCGUCAUCCGGAGGUGAUGGAGGACAACAAACUGAGACGGGACAUCCUCCCAACCGAGUCGCUCUACCCACCACCUCCGCUCCGCAGGAACGCCGCCCCCUCCCGAGACAACGCAGACGUACGGGAAUUUAUCAACCAGCGUGUUCAGGAAAACGACGGCAACCCCACCGCUCCGCCUUACGACUCCCUGGCCACCUACGCGUACGAGGGUAACGGUUCGGUGGCAGAGUCGCUGAGCUCACUGGGGUCCGUGUCUUCGGAAGGGGUGCAGGACUACAAUUACCUCAGCGAGUGGGGACCACGCUUCAGGAAGCUAGCAGAUAUGUACGGCGGGGAGGACAGCGACUGGGACUCCUAACGGACAUCUGGCAGACUGUGGAGCGAGACUUAUUUGGCGAGCUGUUUCUAAAUGGAGUUGCAGAAUAAGGCAACCUAAUUUCUUUUACAAAGUGCCCUUUUAUCCUUCUCUUCAUUUUACAAUCAGGCAGUCAACUUCUUUGUCGUAAUUGGCUGUGCAUUUUCUCUGCAAAGCAGAAGCAUACUUCACACGUAGUGCAGGGGACGUAUACAUACUGUACACAGACUUGAGCUUUCCCGCAAGAACGUGCGAUCUUCUGCAGUGACAUCUUUCGGCAUAAUCCUAGAUGUCUGCACUCAGUGCUUUUCACAUCUGUAACCAUCACUGAUCGUACUUUUGAAAAGCCUACAAUCUGUGGCAGGAUUGCUUAUCAGAUACGGAGAAAAAGGAAAAAGUUCAUCAGAAUGUGGGCCAGCAAAGCACUCGAAAUGUGAACUUUUCCGCAGCCAUGAUAGAAACUUAAGCCUUUAAGAAAAUAUUAAAACCAAGGCCAAACUUCAGCCUGUGAAUUCAUCGUCAGACCUCAAUGUGAAGCUCAGAAUCAAAAAAGAUCACAGGAUAACUGGAACGAAACCCUUAUUAUUAUACAUUUGCAUAUUUUUACUAAUCUACUUACGCACUCAAGGAAGAAUGCGUUGUCCUGUAGUCAGAACGAAGACAGAUUGUUUGAAACCCAUGCAGACCAUCUAGAAAAUGGGUCAGAAUGCGUUUCAUGGUUGGCACCGAUUUUCAUCAUCCGCAUGAAAAAAUGCCAGAAGCUUACAAUUAUCUGCUAUGUCAUUGGACCUAAAUGUGUUUUGCUUGAUUUCUGGCACACGUUCGGUUGGUCUCAGUACGAUUUAGUAUUACCUUCUCAUGAGAGACGGAUAUUCACACAGCCCCUUAAUGGUAUGCAUGAAAUGAACAUUCCAUACAAUUAAAUGUUGCAUAAGCAUUUUGGAAACUGUGAAUUGUUUUGGCAUUGCAUCCAGCAGAACAGAGAGAUCAAAUGCAAUACAGUCAAACGUACCAAAAGCGAAAUUAAACGUGUACGUCUAUACAUAGUAUAACUAAUUUACUCCAUGAACCUUCAGUAGAAAAAAACCUGUAAAUUAAUCAACAGUUUCCAAGUCUAAUUCUCACCUUUCCUUCUGACAACGUUCUUUUAAUAGAGACCAUCAGAAACGUUGUAAAUGUCAAAUAAAAGUCAUAAAAGCUCAGUUGAUUUAUUCCUCGGCUGAAUGAUAACCACAGCAGUGUUGUAUUGAGGUAUGAGUCGAAUCUUAUAGUAAAUCAUUUUCCAUGAUUGCACCCUCUCUUCAAACCACAAAAUGAGUGUCUGAGAUUGCAUUCACCUCUAUGGAAAGGAGGGGGUGACGGGGAGUCUGUUUCUUAUGCGUGCACAGUGGUUGACCUGGUAAAUAUUUGUGUUUAGAAGCAGAAUUCUGAUUUCCAUUGUCUGUCAUUAAUAUGCUGUUUAAAAACACACACACUCAAUGGUUAUUCAUGCUGUAAAAACAUGGUUUUAUGAAAAGUGCUUUGUACCAGUGGCUUGGGAGAGUAGAUUAUGUCCAUGUACUACUUUGCUUUAUAUCUUGUGAUAUUUUGUACCAAAUAUUUAUAUACAACAACGAUGACUAAAUAUUCUUGAAAUCUGUACAUUCGGUGUUAAUGUUUUUGUGUGUUUCCAGCGUGUACAACUGUAAAUGUGAGCAGGUUGCGGUUCAUUUGAUGACGUACAAAUUGGUUUCAAACUUUCAUCAAAAUAAAUGUUCUCAUUUUUAGAAAACA